AUGUACAAACUGGCCCAGGCGCUCAAGGCUAUGUCCCUAGAGAAAUCGGUUUUCCUCCACAGGGAAAGAGACGCCUGGGCGACCUGUGAGAAUGAGAAAGCUGCUAGGGAGGCGGCUGAGGGGGAACUCGCGAAGGAAUGCGAGAUUUCUGCCGAGCUUCGGCAGAAAUGCACGGCCCUCGCGACUGAGGCUCGGGAGGCCCGGGAAAAGGUCGCUCCUAUGGAAAAGAGGGCUGACCUUUCUGCUGCUCAGAGCGAGGUGGUUCGUUGGCACCGGAGCUCGGCGGAGAACGAGAAGCGAGCCGAGGAGUCGGAGAGGAAGAUGGCCAUGGCAGCCUCUGCCGCCGAGGCCUUGUAG